UUUAAUAUAAUAGACUAUGUCACUGUGGCAAUUCUCCGAGUCAUCGCUGCCGCUUCUCAAACGUUGUAUCGAAGCUUCGAAAUUAGAUUUGAAUAAUAAAUGGAUUAAAAGGUUUGGUUCUUAUAACCACUUGGAUAUGAAAAAUGUUGUAAACGAAAACGACAAUAAAGCAAUUCCAAUCCCGUCACCAGAGAAUACGAAUACAGAUAACAAAGAAACACUAAUUCAAGACAAAGACGAAAUAUCUGACGACAUUUGGCGGGAAAUAAUUGAUAUUGAUCCUAUUUCUCAAUUCGAUUACUUGGUGGAAAAUUGUUUAAAACAUUCAGCCCUAUAUACAAUGCUGGCCGAAAAAUUAUCACUAACAUCCGUUGAAAAGUUGUGCAACCAUAUUUUCGAAACGAAUGUUCUAAAUUUGACAUUCCUUCAGAAAUUCUAUACGUCAUUUUUGCCGGUAUAUUUGAAAAGAGAAUACACGAGGACCUCCUUAGAUAUAAUAAUAAAGGCUGAGAAAUAUAAUAGUGAUAUAUUUAAGUAUUUAUUAGAAUUAAUAAUUAAAGAUACAGAAUUACCCGGUCAAGUUAUACAGCAGUAUAUAUCGACAAUAGACACUAAAUCUCAAUUGGAAUUAAUGAAAAAUAUAAUUUUAUUUAAUUUGUCUAAUGAGGUUUUCAUGCAUCACUUAUAUUCAAUACACAUAUUGUAUAAGAAUUGUGAAAAAACUGAUUAUAUACAACAGUUCAUAUUAACAAAAUUAUCAAAUGUCUCGCAGCAUUGUGUUAACGAUAAGAACUAUGGUAGACUUCUGUUAACUUAUCUGCAAGCUCAAAAGAAAUUUAAUAAAAAUUAUACAGUUAUACAAAAGAUCAUUGACUUGCACAGAUCUCCGUUUAAAAAACCCUGUAUGAAUGCAUUCAACGAAUUGCAGAAAUUACAUGAUGAUUCUGUUUUAAAUUCAAAUGAAAAUUACUAAAAAGGAAUGUUUUUGUUUCUUAUUUAUUAUCUGUAUGGUUUAUAGUAAUAUAUCACCGUUUCAUUUCCAAGUAACAUCGUUAUUAAAAUCGGGAUGAAGUAAUUGCCAUAAUUUUUUAUAAGAAUUACAUUGUAACAUGUAAA